GCGCCGCUUUGAAGCGGGCUCGGCGGCCGCUCGCCCGCUCAGAGCCGCCGGCGCCCCGCCAUGGUGCUGCCCGAGGAGCAGGCCCGGCUGUACCGGCCGCGGCCCGAGCUGCUGCCGGCGGCCCACGUCCCCUCGCUGCCCCACUACGAGCGCCUCUACCAGCGCUCCGUGGAGGAGCCGCACGAGUUUUGGGGUGACAUCGCUAAAGAGUUUUACUGGAAGAGUCAGCACACGGGACCCUUCCUGAAGUACAACUUCGAUGUGACGAAGGGGAAGAUCUUCAUUGAGUGGAUGAAAGGGGCCACCACCAACAUCUGCUACAACCUCCUGGACAGAAAUGUCAACGAGAAGAAACUUGGGGACAAAAUUGCUUUUUACUGGGAAGGGAAUGAACCUGGGGAUUCUGCGAAAAUCACAUACAACGAGUUGCUGCACAAAGUCUGUCAGUUCGCCAAUGUCCUCCGCAGCCAAGGUGUGAAAAAAGGAGACCGAAUUUCCAUCUACCUGCCGAUGAUCCUGGAGCUGGUUGUAGCCAUGCUCGCCUGCGCCAGGAUUGGAGCUCUGCACUCCAUUGUGUUUGCAGGUUUCUCGGCAGACUCUCUCUGUGAGCGGAUUCUCGACUGCGGUUGUUCUCUCCUCAUCACGGCAGAUGCCUUUUAUCGAGGAGACAAGCUGAUCAAUUUGAAGCAGAUUGCAGAUGAAGCCCUCCAGAAAUGUAAAGACAAGGGCUCCCCUUUGAAAAAGUGCAUUGUGGUGAAGCACCUGGGAAGGGAAGAGAUAGCAGUGGACGGGACAUGCAGCAAGUCUCCCCCUCUGAAAAGGCUGUGCCAGGACGUACAGGAAAAAAAGACUGAGAGCUCACAGAGACUCCAUCCUAAGACCCCUUGGAACCCAGCCAUGGACAUGUGGUGGCACGAGCUGAUGAGUAGUGCCAGCACAGAGUGUGAGCCAGAGUGGUGCGACUCGGAGGACGAACUCUUCAUCCUCUACACAAGUGGCUCAACUGGGAAACCCAAGGGUGUGCUGCAUACGGUGGGUGGAUACAUGCUUUUUGCUGCCACCUCAUUUAAAUACGUGUUUGAUUACCAACCUGAGGAUGUCUACUGGUGCACAGCCGACAUUGGAUGGAUAACAGGCCAUUCCUACCUCACUUAUGGACCCUUGGCAAACGGGGCAACUAGUGUGUUGUUUGAAGGUGUCCCCACCUACCCGGACGUUGGGCGCAUGUGGAGCAUUGUUGACAAGUACAAGGUGACCAAGUUCUACACAGCACCCACAGCCAUCCGGCUGCUGAUGAAGCACGGGGAGGAGCCCGUCAAAAAGCACAGCAGGAAGUCUCUGAAGGUGCUGGGGACCGUCGGUGAGCCCAUCAACCCUGAAGCCUGGCUGUGGUACUACCGCGUGGUGGGAGAAGAGAGGUGUCCCAUUGUGGACACGUUCUGGCAGACAGAGACAGGUGGCCACAUGCUGACACCCCUCCCUGCGGCCACCCCCAUGAAGCCAGGCUCUGCUACGUUCCCUUUCUUCGGUGUGGUCCCUGCUGUCUUGAACGAGUCGGGGGAAGAGCUGGAAGGAGAAGCAGAAGGCUACCUGGUAUUUAAGCAGCCCUGGCCAGGAAUAAUGCGCACGCUGUAUGGAAACCACCAGCAGUUUGAAACAACGUACUUCAAGAAGUUCCCUGGGUACUACGUGACAGGCGACGGUUGCAGGAGAGAUAAAGAUGGUUAUUACUGGAUCACAGGGCGAAUUGAUGACAUGUUGAAUGUUUCUGGCCACUUGCUGAGCACGGCAGAGGUGGAGUCAGCCUUGCUGGAGCAUGCUGCCAUCUCGGAGGCCGCGGUGGUCAGCCACCCACACCCCCUGAAAGGCGAGUGCCUCUACUGCUUUGUGACGCUGAGAGACGGCCACGAGUUCACCAAGAACCUCACGGAUGAGCUGAAAAAACAAGUCAGAGAAAAAAUCGGACCGAUAGCCACUCCUGAUUACAUCCAGUAUGCCCCAAGCCUGCCCAAAACCCGCUCAGGAAAGAUUACCAGACGGAUAUUAAGGAAGAUUGCCAAAAAUGACCAAGACCUCGGGGACAUCUCCACCUUGGCAAACCCGGGCGUCAUAAAACAUCUUUUCAACAGCAGAUGUGACACUAAACAGUAGCGGCGUGGCCUGUCCCUGCAGAGCAGAACUGUAGCAGCAGCAGCAGUGUACUGAUGAGCAGGUCCCUUGAAUAACUGCUGUCUGCCCUGGGAAGGAAACCUGCACCUGUUGAAUCGAAUGUACAAACGUUACAAACGAGGGAAAGGCUGGCUCUGGAUCGGGCACACCUCCCUGGCGCGUCCCUGCCUUGGAGGAGCGUGUGCGUCGUGUUCCAGACGCGUAUCGCACCUCUGAGGUUCAGCCUCGUGCACAGAGGGACUCGUCCUCCUCCCUUCUCGGCACCUCGUUCUUGAUUUUUAAUUUUAUUUUUUGGAGGGGUGGGAUGUUAAUUAACUUUAUGUAAUUUAUGUGGCACCUUGCGCGCAGUGGGAAGGAACUCGGCGGGGCGGAGGGGAAGCGGUGCUGGAGUUACUCAAUGCAGGCAGGCACGGGAGGUUCAUCCGCCGCUGCCCACACGCCGGCUAAGCUUCCUCUUUUACGGGGAGCGCUGCAAGCUGUGGGAGAACUUAAAAAUGCUCUCACAGUGUAAGUUUAUAGCUGAGUUUGUCUUACAUCCACUGUCCAAGCCUGUUCUUAUCAGGAAUCCUGUAGCCUGAAAGGGAGCAGGACGAGGCUCAAGGAUUGUAAACAGGUUUUGUAGAGCAGUUUGGCACCAAGAUCCGCUGCUUCCCAACUGCACGGUGCCAGCUGGUGCGCUUUCCCCAGUCCAGGGUCCUUCACUGCCCACGGACACGACGGGGAGCCACGGGUGGUCUAGGAGGAAAAGUCUGGGUCUGACUUGCUCCACAGAGCACCGGGGCCACCCGCUCAUGGCUGAACUCAGGCUGCGCAGCUGGAGGCUCCUUUUGUGUCCCGGGGCAGGAGUGGGUGCUGCUGCCGCUGCCAAGGGACGGAGGGGAAAAGCCGCCCAGGGACACCUUUCCCUUUGCAGGCAAACCGGGCGCUACAGCAAAGAAACCAAGGCAGGGAGGAUUGCGUUAGUCCUACGUCGUGUUUUCUCAUCAGGAAAACAACAGCGGAAGAUAUUUAAAAUAAAGUUAGCUUUUGCUUAAAUCUGACAUGGCUUUAUGAUGAUGAGGGGGGGGAAAAACCCCCCAAAACCUCUCAUCCAAGAGCCUGCCCGUCUCGUGGGUGCUGCCAAAGCCGUUUUUCUUCAAAUGAAUUGCAUUUAACUCCAGCCCCGGGUUGAGCUGGGAGCGAUACCUCCUUUGUCACGUCUGUAUGAAAACUGCAUGUGAGCUGUUUUUGAUUUUGCACUUAAACCAAAGGAGAAAUGGGCUUUAAAACUUGCUGCAACAGCUGUUUUUGGCGAGUGCCACGGUCCAGGCCUCACCUGCAAACUGCGCUGCCGUUGGGCUGGGCUGGAAAGGAUGAGGCCACUGCCUCUGAGCCUGGUAGCCCAGGGCUAGUGCUGCAGGUGUUCCGGCGGGCUGUUGGCCAAGGCCCUGGUCUCACUUCCUACCUGCUGCUCUCACUGGCACAGCACUCGUCUGUGAUCUGUAACCUCCGUGCGUGCCAGGGUCCCACACGCCCCCCGCCCCAGGUCUGUACCACUGGAUCGUGCCACCUCCUGGACAAAGGAUUCCCGCAUCAUCUCUCCUCCUCUGUUACUCUUCAUCCGCUAUGUAAUUUUGGCUGGAAACAGCUAUAAAUUUUAUGCAAAAUGGAAUAAAAUUCAAGGAAACAAAAUGGAAA